AUAGGAGUUGCCUCAGAGGAGCGUCGACAGCCAAGCAGAUACCGGAGGAAACAUCUAAAUAUGGUGCCGUCUGGAAGAAAGUAUAGAGGGAAAUCUGGGAAGACAUCAGUGGAAGAUCAGAUCAUAAGAGCCUAUGACUUUGAGAAAGAAGAUAAAAAAGAUAUGAGUGGUUCAGAGGAGGAUGUCACCGAAGGGAAGACUCCAGUAAUUGAUAAGCAUGGGAAGAAAAGGACUUCUGCAGGAAUAUUUGAAGAUGUGGGGGGUGAAAUACAAAAUAUGCUGGAAAGAUUUGGAGCUGACAUUAACAAGGCUCUUCUUGCCAAGAGAAAAAGACUGGAAAUGUAUACCAAGGCUUCUCUCAAAACUAGUAACCAGAAAAUUGAAUAUGUUUGGAAAACCCAACAAGAGCAAAGGCAGAAGCUUAACCAAGAGUAUUCUCAGCAAUUUCUGGCUUUGUUUCAUCAGUGGGAUUUAGAUGUGCAGAAAGCUGAGGAACAAGAAGAAAAACUAGCUAACCUGUUUCGACAGCAACAAAAGGUUUUUCAACAAUCUAGAAUUGUUCAGAGCCAGAGACUGAAAACAAUCAGACAGUUAUAUGAGCAGUUCAUAAAGCAGCAGCAAGAGAUGGCAAGUGUUCGAAAGUCUCUUCAAUCCAUGUUAUUCUGAUGACUCUUUGAAGGAAGAACUUGAACCUAAAUAAUAUGAUACAAU